CUACCCUUCAGAUCUCCAGAUCUCGGUGCCCACUGACACCAGUGACGGGUGCACUGAUUAGAUGUCUCUGGUGCCCGCUCUGAUGUCCUCUCUAAAAGCCUGGACCCUGCUCCUGCUCCUGCUGAGCCUGCAGCACAGCCUACCUGCCCAAAGCACUUCCAGGAGGCAGUUCAUGGAACAUCAUCACCUGAGUCCAAACAAGAUGUUCAGUGACUAUAGCUGUGAUGCCCUCGUGACAGAUAAAGCCGUGAAACCCAAGCUCUCACACCCGUUUGUGUAUAUGACGUGGUACAAAGUUGAACACAUAUGCAUUGGUAGCAACUGGAAAGAUCGCUACAAAAAUCUGUAUGUUUGGGCUCAGUCUCCCAUUAAGGUCCUCAGGUGCCAGUGGGAGAGCUUAAAAAAUAGAUAUACAGAGAGGAGGAGCUACAGCUACGUUCAGUUCCAUUGCAAUGCUGAUGGGUAUGUCGACAGCAUAGAGGACAUAAAGGUUCUACAACCCAUCUUGUAG